GUACCUUAAUUAUGCACUGAAAGUACGGCGCACAAAGCAUAGACAUGAAGUUAAACAUAGUUAUAUUUGCAGCUGCCUUACUUACUGGAUGGUGUAAAGGUGAAUCUUGUCAAGAUACCUCUGUAAACUGCAAUCAGAGUGAAUGCAAUUCUAGAGGAUUGGUAUGGUCUGCAAAGAACUGUGCCUCGACUUGCGGAUACUGCACUCAAAAGUGCCAAAUGACAAGAUGGGUAAAAGAUUGCUCUGUGACAUGUGGCAUUGGUGUUCAAACUAAGACCAGAGUCCCAGUCAAAGUUGUCUCUGGUGACACGCCGCAUGCAGAAGAUUGUUUUGAUACAGUAGAGGUCGGUGCCUGUGUUAAAAAACCAUGUCCUCCAAGUAGUCCCCAAACUGUGUUAGUGCACCAACCGCAACUAGUACCAGCACUAGCAACAGCUGGUGUUGCAGCCGGUGCAACUGCACUUGCCGGAGCCGCCACAACCGUUGGAGCAACACUUGGAGAGACAUUUCUCGCAUUAUUACCAGAGAUGGCAAUGUUAUUGGGGAAAAGAUCAGCAUUAGAAGAAAGAGAGGUACUUGAUCUCUUCAUCCAAAAACUUCAAGAAAAACGGCAAUCUUUGAAGUAAAUUGAUGAGUAUGAAAACUGUCCUCAAAUGGAAAUCAACAACGAAAGAAAUCUAACAUUUCAACAUUAUAUUAAAAUCACAUAAAUUAUAAAA